AUGAAUUGGAAUGAAGCAAAGUUUUAUAUUGUACCUUCAACUGUCGUUCUACUAUUACUUUUAUGGAAAUGGUAGGUUUAUCGUCAUUUUUAUGUGUAACUAAUAUUCAAAUUGAAGCUGUUUAAUCAUGAAAUCAUGUCUAACAAGGUUUUUAUAAGAUUUUGAUAUCUUUAUCUUUAAAAAGUUUAAAUACACAAUUUUAGGCCUAUAUUAACAUUGCUCGCAACAGUCACUCUCUGUGGCUCAUUUUACAUUUCUUACAAUUUCUUAUCAAACGCGGAUAAAAGACGAAAGUUGGAUGAUCUCAUAGCCCAUUAUUUGUGCGAAGAACCAGAAGCCAAGGCUACAAAAGAAGAGUUUCUGAAGACCGCACCCUGGUGUGGAAUAGAGUUGCCAGAGACUCUGCAUGCUCGGAUUGAAGAGCUAAUAUUGUACUUGAUCUCUGAUUAUGUGGACCGAUGGUACAAGAAAGAGAUCAGUGCUGACAACACGUUUUUGGUGGAGAUCAAGUAGGUUGGGGCAAGGCCUUUUUUGAUGCAAGGGUAAUAUAAGUACACAAUAUUUGUUUCGGGCAAGAGUUAUGCAGGAACAUAAAGGGUUCAACCUAAAUUGCUUGACAAGUCUGUUUUAGAUAUCAAAUUCGUUACGGAUCAGCGAUUGCCUACAGAGCAUUACUGAAUUAUGACAUUGUGAAGACGGUAGAACAAGACUUCUUACCUAUUCUAGUGUUACAUGUGGCCAAAAGAUUGAAAACCUUGAAGGAAGUGAACAAUCACAUUGGCGUUACUGAUCAAAACAACUGUGAAUUGUAUCUUCGAGAAGUGUCUGAUGCCUUGGUGAUGAGGUUGUUCGAUGAAAAUAGAAUCGGAGGCAGAGAGUUGGAUUCAGAAGCGCCUAAGGACACAAAGCUGGUAAGUUAAUCAUUUAAAUGGCCAUUUAGAUUGGGCUUUGUGCAGUGUUAUAUCUGUAAUUUUAAUAGUUAUACAGAGUUUAAUGUAAUAAUGAGGUUUUAUACUGAUUUUAAUGAAUAAGUGAGGUUUUAGGCUUGGCCCAGCGAGACUUGUCGCCAUUUUCUUCGAGAACUUUUCCUAAACGCUGUUCUCUUACCAGUAAUCGAGUUCUUGUCGGAACCCAAUAACAUCAACAACUUACUCAUCAACAUCUCUAACGACUCACCUCAGAAUGAAAAGAUUUCAUUUCAAAAUGUCAGUUUUUCAACAAAUAUUUGCACCAGAAGUUAACAACAGUUAUUGAAUUAGUUAUAAAUUAUUUUGUCAAAAGUUUUUGUUUCUUACAGCUUUUGUCACCUAUUUUUCUGCUUUUUUUGUUACCUAUGUUUCUGUUUUAUAUGUUCUAUUUUUUGUUUCAGGACAAAAAAGUUGCAUUUCUCCAAAAACUGACGGAAUACUCUCUGUACGAUACCCCAGACUCGCUUCUGAUGCUGAAUCUGAGAGAUCUGGCCAAGGAUUGUGGUCUUGUCCAGGAGUUUUAUGCCUAUCUUAAGGAUGCCAAUGGUCCGUUACAUUGGCUCGACUUUUACUUUGCGGUCGAGGAGAUGUUACACGAUCUACACACUGCUAGCGUGAGUAUCUAAGCUGUUUUAGUGUUUGUUUAGCCAAUAAGUGCAUAUAUUUUGGCUUUAUAUGGAAAAUUAGGAGUUUUCUUCUUUUUUUAACUUAUUUUUUGACAUAAAUUGUAGUAAAUCUAACAUUUACAUAAUUUUAUCUUUAAACUGUCUUUGUAGAAGGCAGAUGAAGAGAUAUUGAAGUCAGCACGAGGUUUGUACAACAUCUACAUUGAUCCCAAGUCCAGGAAGUCUGUCCAACUGUUGUCGCAAAACUCUCGAGGACAUUGUUUUAAAGCUAUUUCGGAGGAGAACGUCAAAGACCUUAAUGUAGUUUGUGAACAGAUGUACAAAGAAGUCUACCAAGAACUAAACUACAGUUUUGUGGUACCAUUCUGUCAGUCCGAGACCUACUUGAGGUCACUUUGUGGUACCACAAUCGAUGGAAUAGAGAUAUUAAAAGAGAAAGCUGGCUCAAUUAACAUCGAUAACAACAAGAAUGAUACAGUAGAAGAAGAAGCCAAGGCUUUGGAAGCCAUUGAUGCUUCAUUUUUGGACAUUUACAUUGAUUUAUACGAAGAUACGAUAGACAUGAACAACUGGAAGGUAUCGAUCGCUGCCAUAGAGCCAAGGAAACGAUUCGAUACCGGCAAGGUAUAUUAUGUAUACCGAAUCGACAUAGACAAGAACGAAAAAGAGUCAGAGUUGGAGGACAUUGACAUGGGGGUAGAUCCCUUAACUGUCAACAACCUCAGCGACAGCGACGACGACUUUGUAGACUGUAGCAGAGAAGCGACGAUGAGUCAGUUACCGAGUAAAUGGUCCAUCACCCGAACAUACGACGAAUUCUAUCUUUUUGAAAAGAGGCUACGCAAGAUUCACGGUUCAGAAGGUGUACUUGCAACGCUACCCGAGAGGAAGAUGUUCUGUCCACGGUCGAGAAUGUUCUUGGAGUCUCAACGCGACUACCUGGAGAGAUUCCUCUACUCCAUCGUGAAGCAGGUUACGUUAAGGAAGAGUGAAGUUGUCUAUCUGUUUCUGACCAAUCCCUCUGAUUCUGGAUUCGAAUCAGCCUUGAUAACAACGAAAGGAUCUCUGAAAAGGGUGAAGAAGAUGACGGCCAGUCUGGAGAUGGACAGGAAACAGCAUCUGAAGCCGUUCGUGCUGAGGCUACUGGCCAAAUGUUUGAGUAAUGAUGAAGUCGCGAGAACAGAAGUUGCUGCUACUGUGAAUUACUGCAAAACCGAGUAGGUGGGGGGGGUUAGGAGGGUUAAAGUAUAUAUUAUUAUAGGUGUUUUUACUGUUUUUACAACUGAAUAUACUGUUUAUAUAUUAAAAUAGUAAUCAUAACCUUGUUUCAGCCCUUCUGAAUACUGGAAAAGCGAGUUUAGUAACUAUGUUGUGAAUAACCAGAAGAUACCAAUAGAAAUAAGAAAUUUACAAUGGGAAAGGGCAUCAGACGAACAAAAGUAAGUUUACAAACUUAUGUUUAACAUACAUAGUAUUGUACUAAAGUUUACUGACUUCCUCGUGAAAACCAAACUUAUAAGGCCCACAUCGUGCAGAAAAUUCUAAAAUUUCAAUAACAUGACAUAACAAUCAGAAAAUAACCCAACAAUCAGGAAAGAAACUUAACAAUAAUAUUUUAGAACAAUAUAUUACUUUAAUACUGUAGUACUUUGUGAUAUAUUCUCAACCUCAACAAUUUUCACUUACUUAAUUACUGCCAUUGCCAAAGUACUACCAUCUACGUGUAAUGUGAUACUACAAAAGGUGAUAAAGCGAAAUGUAGAGAGGGUUUUAACACCAGAGACCGUUUAUAUUGUAGUAGAUGAACUGUACAAGUUUUUGCAACGGAAAGAUGUCGAGAGCAUAAUCGAUGAGGUAUGUUAUGUUAUCUAGUAAAAUGAGGUGCUCAUUUAAACCUAGGUUAUGUUAUCUUGUACAAUAAGACUCUUUUUCAAGCCUAUAUUUAUAUUAUUGGGCGAAGUCCUAUACCUACUUUUAUGUCGAAAUUUAUUUAGAAGAAACACGAAAACUACCUGACGGCCAAGAAAACGGUUCUAAAUCUUUUGAAAUUCAACCAUUUCGAGUCUCUAAACACCCUCAUCCUCGACAUCUUCAACAUCUUCCAGUCCAAAGAGGACAACAAACAGCUGAUCAUGGUCUGUUUGGAUGUCAUCAUGGAUAAGAUCAUCUCUCAAUCAUAA